UAAAAAUUAGCAAUUUAAAGUUUGAAAUAAGCUUAAAUGCAACGUUUUCUCGUAGCAAUCAUUUAGCAAACAAAUCUCUCAGAUUUUCUAUUUUUCAAAAACUCUCUAUUAUUGUUGGAAAUAUAAAAGUGCAUCGAAUUCAAGUAGGGUGAAUAAUACUCUUUUGUCAUAUUAAACCAAAUUAAUGAUAUUUAAUAAUAUUAAGUUUUCAAAGAACUAUAUGUCAAACUUUGGCACUAUCAAUUAUUAUGUUUAAAUAUAAUAGUGCACCCGUCAAGCUCAAAUCCUAGAUUCGCCUCUGGCUUAAGAUGUGGAAGUCGUUGGGAAAUAUUAUUGAUCCACUUGAAGUUAUUAAUGGAAUCACACUUGAUGAUCUUCAUAAGAGAUUAAUGGAGGAUAACCUAGAUGCUAAAGAAGUUGAGAAGGCAAAAGAGGGACAGGCAAAGGACUUUCCUGAGUGUGGCGCAGAUGCUCUUCGUUUUGCCCUUGUCUCGUAUGCUGCCCAGUAUGGCCUUGUUUAUUUCCAUUGCUGUUGUGGUGGUACAAACUUCUGUGGUUGUGAUUGAACAGAAGGCAAAGAAACAACUCAUGUUUUGGAUAAACAAGCUCAUGUGACAAUCCGAUACCAAAUUGUACGAGGGACAAAAGGAUCUGAGUUAGGAACAGACAAGGUGAAAGUUCAAAUAUAUUGCAAUAAUGUCGAGGUGAUGCACAUCUGCACAAUUCCCCUAAAUGGAGUUCAUGUAGCCACUGAAUUGAUGAAGGCUUUACCAAAUUCGUCUGUAUUCUUCACAUGAAUUUUAAUAGCUUGGAGUUUACUAGUACCAGAUCGCUAGUGGGUGACAGUGAAUUGCUUGUGUAUACAUAUUAAACUCUGUAGAGAAAUGCACUAGAAAUAAUUAUGUAUGAUAUGAUUCAUCAUAUAUAUUUCCCAUGGUAA